GAGAAAAUGACGGCUGAACCAAAAAAUGAAGAGAAAAAGACUACGGAAACCACGCUUAGCUUUCAGGAGAAACUUCAAUCUCCUGCGGACGAAUUCUUUAACUAUUUUACCAGAAAGAUACACCAUGUCUCAGUCGAGUAUCCUGCUGAGGAAUUGAGGUUCUAUAUACAGUCGACGGAUUUGGAGAAAAGAACAGUGACGAUGCGUAUAUUUGGGGAAAGAGUAAACCCAAAAUACUUCGAGACCGUCAAAGUAACCAUGGUCUUUCCUACGGAAGACAUACAUAGCCCCGUGAAUUUGCAGAUCGUGUGCAAGUAUAAACGCCAUGACCCUAAAGAUCGAAUCAAUCGUCUGUUUUACAACACUCUUACGAGUCUUACCCGUCACAUCAAGCUCAUUGAUACCGAUCUUUACCAGCUAAAUCAUACAAACAACUCCAUUGUCUCUGAGUAUCCGGCGGAAGAAUGUUUUAAAGCUUUCAUUGAAGCAUGUAAAGAAUCUGCUGUGGUGGAAAUCCAGACUAAAGAUUUGGUAAAAAGGACAACAACGAUCGGUUUAAUGAGGAGCACUGAUGUCUUGAUGACGAAGUUCAAUAGGCUCAAAGUCACCAUCACUAUUACUCCUCAGGAAGGCGAUAAGUGUUGCCACGUAGAAUGGACCACCGAGGCCGAGGAGCUUUCUGAUAACCGCCGCGAUAAAACCUUCAUUCGCAGAACAGCUGAUCUUAUCCAUGGCAUUAUCAGGAAGAAGCUUCGGAGUAAAUAGGACCCCUGGUGGAACCGUCGUGGAACGUACAAGUAUAAGAUGUGAAUAUGAAAAAUAAAAGUAAUAGUUGUUUCUUAAGUGUGA